AUGUCGAACGCCGAGCUCGCCGAGAAGUUCAAGAAUCUCGGCAAUGUAGCCUACUCCAACAAGAAGUACACCGACUCGAUCGACUACUACUCGCAGGCGAUCGAGAAGGCCCCUCUCUCGCCGGUUUACUUCGCCAACCGCGCCGCCGCGCGACUCAUGCUCCGUCAGUACCGCCAGGCCCUGAUUGACUGCCAGCAGUCCCUGCGCCUGGAUGCGAUGAACCCCAAGACAUACAACCGCGCCGGCAAGUGCUACCUUGCCCUCGGCGACGAUGCCGAGGCCGGGCGCCACUUCCGCAAGGCCAUCGAGCUGGACCCCACGAACGCCGCCUACAAGCGCGACCUGGCUUCGGUGGCCAGCAUGACCACCAGCCGCGACACGGCCAAGAGCCUGUACGACCGCGGCGAGUUUGGCCCCGCGCUCAACGCCAUCGAGACUGCGGUCAACCUGGCCCCCGAGGGCACUGCCAUCCGCAUGCUCUGGAUUGAUAUUCACAUUGCCCUGCGCAAGUUCAACGAGGCGCAGACCCUGGUGACCAACAUGAUUCGUGAGGACCCCGGCAACCCGGACCUCUAUUUCAAGAAGGGUCUCCUCACGGCCCACGAGGGCGAUGCUGACAAGGCCAUCUCCUUCUACCAGGAGGCCCUGCGCAUGGACCCGGACCAUGCGCGCUCGCGCACCGCCCUGCGCGCCCUGCGUGACCUGCAGAAGCUCCGCAACGAAGGCAAUGCCGCCUACAAGGAGAAGCGCUACGCCCAGGCGGUGGACAUCUACACCACGGCCCUGGCCAGCGAGGCCGAGAGCAGCUACCUCCGGUCGCGCAUCUUCUCCAACCGCGCCCUGUCGCACAUGCAGCUCGGGGCCUUCACCAAGGCCGUCAGUGACUUCACCUCCUGCCUGGCCCUGGACCCGGAUUUCGUCAAGGCCCUGAAGAACCGCGCCGAGUGCUACAUCAAGCUGGAGGACUACUCCAACGCGGUGCAGGACUACCAGAAGGCCAUCUCGCUGGGCGGGCAGCAUGACCGCGAGCUGCAGAGCGGCCUGCGCGAGGCGCAGCGCCUCCUGCGCAAGGCCUCCCGCAAGGAUUACUACAAGAUCAUGGAGGUCGACCGCAAUGCCUCGGCCGAUGACAUCAAGCGGGCCUACCGCCGCCAGGCCCUGCUCCUGCACCCGGAUAAGAACAUUGACAACCCGGACGCCGAGCGCCGCUUCAAGGAGCUGGUCGAGGCCAAUGAGGUCCUCUCGGACCCGGCCAAGCGCCGGCGCUACGACAGCGGCGCCGACGACAUGAUGGAUGUCGAUGACUUCGGCCCCGGGGGCCAUGGCGGCGGCCACCCCUUCCACCCGGGCGCCGGGGUGUUCAGCUUCUCCUCUGGCGGGGGCUUCCCCGGCGGCUUCCCCGGUGGCUUUGCCGGCGGCGGCUUCCCCCAGGGGGCCAAUGUCCGCAUGUCCGGCGGCUUCCCCGAGGGCAUGGACUUCAGCAGCUUCUUCAUGCCGGAGAUGGGCGGCGGCGGUGGCGGCGACUUCAGCUCCUUCUUCUCCGCGCGGGGGGGCGGCCAUCCGGGCCAGGGCCAGCGCCGCCGGCCGGGUGGCAAUGCCCGCUAA